CAGCGGAGAAGAGGCAGAGAGGAGAAGGGCUGAGCUGUUUCCUAUCUCUCCGCUUCUGCUUUGCACAGGAUACUCCCUCCCCUCUGCCUCCCACCGCCUUAACAUCCAGGUAGAGCUGCUCCCACUUUCCUCUCCUCUCCUCUCCUCUCCUCCCGGACAGGACCGGACCGCGCCGUGCAGCAGCUGCAUAGAGCCGGAUGAUGCAGCGAUAAGGACCACAGCAUCCUCCACCGCCCGGCAUCGUCAGCUUGUUGCUCUAUGGGAGAGCGGGAGAGCGGAGGGCAACACAGAGGCCGAAGCAUGCCGCUGAUCACCGAACGGUAACCCGCUUCCUCGUCGCCCCCCACCCUCCCUCCCUGCAGGUCGAUUGGAUGCGAGCGGAGCUGCUUGACGAACCCCCUCCACGAGUGUUUUCUGCCCUAUUGUCAGCGCCGGAGGAGCUUUGCCGAUGGAGAAGGCAACUCCGCCGCCUCAGCCCCAGCCGCAGCCCCAGCUCCAGCUGUCCAUAGCGAAGAGUGAAAGUCCGGCCGAGGACAUCUCAGGUCUGACGGACGAGGAGCUGCUGAGGUGGACCAAAGAGGAGCUGGUGCGCCGGCUGAGGCGCUCCGAGGCCGAUAAGAUGAGCGUGAUUCUCGACCACGGGAAUCUCAUCCGAGAGGUCAACCGCAGCCUCCAGCUGCACCUAAACGAGAUUAGGGGGCUGAAGGACAUCAACCAGAAGUUGCAAGAAGACAAUCGUGAGCUGCGGGACCUGUGCUGCUUCUUAGACGAUGACCGACAGAAAGGAAAGCGCGUGUCAAGGGAGUGGCAGCGCCUUGGACGGUACAGCGCCAGCAUCAUGCGAAAGGAGGUGACUCUGUACCUGCAGAAGCUCAAGGAGCUGGAGCUCAGGCAAGAGGAGGUGAUCCGGGAGAACCUGGAGCUGAAGGAGCUCUGCCUGCUGCUGGAUGACGAGAAGGGGGUUUUGGCCGGAGGGGGGGGUGUCACGGGGGGAGGCGGAGGGGGCGUAGGGAUGGGAGGAUGCCGCAACUCGAUAGACAGCCAGAACAGCUUGCUGCUGGUGCCGGGGCAGGGGCUUCUCAUGAGGGACGUGGGGGACGGGAGCAGCACCUCCAGCGCAGGGAGCGCUGACAGCUCGGACCACCCCCACCAUAAGCCGACUCACCUCUCUGCGGGAGUGGGCAGUGUCGGGAGCGGCAGGGAAAAAGGCAGCCCCGAACUUUUGCACAAACCCAGGUGUAGCAGCAUCAGCGGAGUGGGCGGCGCGGACAGGGAGGCGUCCAGCCCCGAGCUCCCGGCGGGGCGCCACCGGAGCACGAGCCUGGAGUACCCUUACACGCUGCCCCAGCUCUGCCGGCCCCGCUGCGGCUCCAUAUCCGUCCCCGACCACAGCCGGGUCAUGCGGGGCCUAAGCCCGGAAAAGUACGGGCGGAGCAUGGGCCACCGCAGCCCCGAGCAGCACCCCAAGCACCACAGCUCGGAUCUCCUUCUGGGCCAAAGGCAGCACUUCCUGGGCCAAGGGGGCAGCGGGGAGCUCUAUCAGAAGUACAAGCGGAGCAGUAUUAGCACCACGGGCUGUGGAAGCCCCGAACCCCGGCACGCACAUUUGGGGGUCGGCGAGCACCACGAAAAGGGCUGCAUGGUCCACAGCGGCAGCCCCGAGACUCACAGGCACCAGUACAGCGUGAGCCCGGACCACGUAAAGUUUGGCAGCCCUGUGAGGGAGGGCCAGAGGAGGCCAGCUGGUGACGAGCUGUCACCACACCAUCGGAGCAUCUACAACGGCAUGAAUGCUUUGAUAUCAGCAGGCUGCUGCACCAACAACUGCAGAAAUGUCAAGCUGUGGGACAGCUUUGACGCCUCCUCUUGACAACUUGACCACCCACGCCUCUCCAAAGAAAGAGGGGUGGUAGUGGGGCAGCCCUCCCGUGACUCUGGUCUUGACAGACUUCAGGGCCUCUGGAAGUCACCCUCCAUGGCUCCGGACCGUCUGUAGUCCCAGACCUCUUCCAUGUGCACAGCCCUUGAAACAGCCUGCCUCCGUGUUUUCAUUUCUACAUAUCAAGAGUUUGAGCAGAUGUGGAAUGGGAGUUUUCAUUUUUUUUUUUGUUUGUUUUGAUGAGAAUGCUAAUGACGAUUUGGAAGACUCACGAGGACUGCCACGGUUAAAUGGAUCAGAGUGGAUAUCUCUCAGUGCCAGCUGCGUUAUCGCUAACUCCUGGAGAGAAGACAGGGAGGCCGAAUGGGGAUUGGUGAGGAGAUUGGGGACAUCGCGCUGUUUGUGCUGCUACCCUCUGUUUACAAAUGUAGACCAUGAUUGGAGAAGCACAGAAAACUGUCAAUGCAUUGUUGUUUAAGUCACUUCUUUUCCCUCACUCUUUCCUCUUUCGCUUUCCUCCGCUCUCUCCGGGCCUCUACCUAAUGUUUAGCGAUUUAUUACCUUCAACAUGUGUAAUGAGACCGCAGUAAUCUAAUGUUCUGAAUCCAAAUCCAGACGAUCACAUGGCCGUCAUCGUUCCUCGUAAAAGCAUCACCACUCUGGCCAUUUGAAGUACAUGUAAAAACACAUUUUUUUUUCUCAAAGAUAAUCUAGCAAAGAAAAAAAACAACAACAACUUCCUGUGUCUUAAACCAAGAUGGUCAACAUUACUAGCUGCUGACAGAUGUUCUAGUUUAACAAAAUGCAAUUAUCAGGUGUAUUUUUUUCUUUUUUGUAUUAUCUUAUGCUCCCUUAAAGCGCCUAUAUUGAAGGUGGGUAGGAGGUGAUACGUUGUCCAUAUUGUUUUUUUGUUUGUUUGUUUGUUUUUUACAAGGAAGUGACGUCCAAGUAAAAAAGUAGAAUAUUGGAUUAGUUUUCUAUAUAUCUCUAUAUACAAAUAUAUUAUGAUUAUUAUUUUUGACUUACUGGUAUUAGAACUAUUAUAUGAAAAUGCAUAUGGUAUAUCAAAUAAUAAACAGAAGUGUUUAAUCUAAAA